CAGUUGGGACUGAAUAUAAAAAUCAAAAUUUUUUCGACAAAAAAAACAAUUACAUAAUGGAAUCAGUAGAGUUUUUGGAAAGGGGAAAACAAUUGAUGAAUUACAUUAUUGAUUAUUUUGACACAGUUGAUCAAAGAAAAACUUUACCCGAUGUUGAACCCGGCUAUAUGAAAUCAUUGAUACCUGAGGAGGCUCCGCAAAAGGCUGACGAAUGGAAAAAUGUUUUUGGAGACCUUGAAAAGAUUAUCAUGCCUGGGAUAACCCAUUGGCAAUCACCUCAUUUUCACGCAUUUUAUCCAAGUGGUACUUGUUACGCUUCAAUUUUGGCAGAGAUGUUAUCAAACUCGUUAAGUUGUGUAGGUUUUUCUUGGGCGUCCAGUCCUGCCUGCACCGAAUUGGAAUUUGCUAUGAUGGAUUGGUUGGCAAAGAUGCUUCAGUUACCUGAAGAGUUUUUAUCAACUGGAGAAGGAGGUGGAGUCAUUCAAGGAACUGCCAGUGAAUCAACAUUCUUAAUGUUGCUGGCUGCAAGAAGUAAAGCCUUAAGCAAACAUAUUAAUUCUUCGAAAUCUAUAAAAAAACUUGUGGUUUACACAUCUGAUCAAGCUCAUUCAUCAGUUGAAAGAGCUUGUUUAUUGGCCGCCGUUGAAUAUCGAAGUGUUCCAAGUAAUGAAAACGAAGAGAUGACUGGAGAAGCAUUGGAAGAAAUGAUUCAAAAAGAUAUUGACAAUGGUUUAAUUCCAUUCUACGUUGUAGCUACUUUGGGGACAACACCAAGUUGUGCCUUUGAUAGACUACUAGAAGUUGGACCUGUUUGUAAGAAGCAUGAUAUUUGGCUUCAUAUCGACGCCGCGUAUGCUGGAUCAUCUUUCAUUUGUCCUGAAUUUCGACCACUUCUUGAUGGUGUAGAGUUCGCCGACUCGUUCAACUUUAACCCUCAUAAAUGGCUUUUAGUAACAUUCGACUGUUCCACAUUGUGGUUGAAGAAUAAGAAAUAUUUGGUUGAAAGUUUUAAUGUAGAUCGAAUAUAUCUCGAAAGUAAAGAAAAGGAAAAGUUGUUGGAUUAUCGGAAUUGGCAAAUACCUCUAGGAAGACGAUUUCGAUCGCUUAAGAUAUGGUUCGUACUGCGCUUAAUGGGGAUCAACAACCUACAAAGUUAUAUAAGAAAACACGUUGAAUUGGCCAAAGAGUUUGAAAACCUCGUUCGUUCUAGUGAAAAGUUUGAAAUAACUCAUCCAGUAACAAUGGGAAUUGUAUGCUUCCGUUUGAAGGGCGAUGAUCAACUUACAAAGAAUUUACACGAUGCUUUAUAUAAGGACAAAAGAAUAUAUCUAAUAGCAGGAGCUUCAAAAUCAAGAUACUAUUUGAGAUUUGUCGUGUGCUCGCAACGUACAACGUCAGAUGAUAUCAAUUAUGCUUGGAAAGUGAUAAACGAGCUAUCAAUGACAUCACUUAGAGAAAGGCUAUGA